AUGGCCAGCCAGGAGGACCCGGUCCAGAGAGAGAUCCACCAGGACUGGGCCAACCGAGAGUACAUCGAGGUCAUCACCAGCAGCAUCAAGAAGAUCGCCGACUUCCUCAACUCCUUCGACAUGUCCUGUCGCUCCCGACUGGCGACAUUAAACGAGAAGCUGACGGCUCUGGAGAGGCGGAUCGAGUACAUCGAAGCUCGGGUAGGUGCACCACCUGACCCCACACCCACCCGACACCCCGAUAAAGAGGACCUGUCAGGAGAGACAUAG